GUUUUUCGACGUGGCGCGGCGCCGUUUCGCAAGCCAGGUCCACGAUGAGCGGCGACGGCGACGAGGCACCGGCAAUACCUUUGACGCCUCGCGUGCCAAUGGAGGUUCCAAACACGCCAAAGGUCGUCCCAAUGGAGAUGCUUGUGCUCCUCACUCCAGAUUCAAACGCCAUGGACAUGCUGCUGGCCACUGUGAUGGAGUUCAAGGGCCACACGGUCGACAUCUUCACCCCCAACUCGACCUUUGCUCAAGUCCAGGGGUCUAUGGCUACUGCCCAGCACGUGGCUGCAUCCAGGAAACGAGUGUAUCCUCAAGAGUGGGGGGUUUGGUUUCCGCCCACGCCAUCGGACACUGGCGAGAUCCCGCCGGAGUGGAAAGCCGAUGUGGACAAGUACAAGAAGCGAGUUGUUAAGCUCGAGAAGCGCGCCAAGGCCCAUCAGGCAGAAGUCGAGAGGCUGCAGCAAGAGCUCACAUCGGCCAUGGCCCGUUACUCGAACCUGCACUUGGAAUUCGAGCAGUUCCAGCACGACGUCCAGGAGCUGCAAGCCCAAUACGUCAAAGUCACCGAUACGAAUCAACGAAUCCUUUGGGAAUACUUGCCCCAGCACGACUCGUCGCUCAGCCUGAUUCCAGCAUUGGCCCAUGACAUCAUUGAAAGUGUGACAAUCGUGGGCGACUACACAAUCCACGGGACACUUGGUGAAGGCCAAUACGCGUCAGUGUACUCAUGCAGCCGCAAUCCCGCUGCUUCCAUGACCCAUCACCAAGGCAGCACGGGAGGGUCGGCUACGCUUCUGCCGUCGUCGCCGACUGUCGACAACGUUUGCCCGUCCCCGCCCAACUUGGCCCUCAAGGCCAUCAACAAGAGCAAACUCACCGACAUCACCGGCCUCGUUCGAGUGCACUCUGAGAUCGCGGCGCUGUCGGACCCGGCAUUACGCCACCCGAGCCUCCUCUGUGUGCACGAGGUCAUCCACACGUCCAAGUUUAUCUACCUCGUCACCGAGCGCGGGGGCAAGGACCUGUUUGACUUUUUUGGGCCACACGACAAGGGGGUGUCGGAGGCCACUGCAUUACGCAUCACGUUCAAAAUCGCAGAAGCUGUCAAGCAUAUGCACCUGCACGGCUACUGUCAUCGCGACCUCAAGCCGGAGAAUAUUCUGUUCACGCAUGACAACUACAUGGUCAAGAUCGUUGAUUUUGGGCUGUGCGCCAAGGUGGGCACAGCGCCGCUGUAUGACUUUUGCGGGAGCCCGGGCUUCUUUGCACCGGAAAUGCUGCUGCAUGACCAGUACGAUGGCCAAAAAGCCGACGUGUGGAGCAUUGGAUGCAUUUUGCUCGAGCUUGUCCUCGGCAAUACGUUUUUCCUCAAGACUUGGAUGACGGCGUACCAUCUCGACGUGCUCAGCGACCGAGCGCACUUUCAAAAGCUUGUUCAGACUAACGUCACGGCCAUGCACACUGCUCUGGCAAGCAAUGAAUCGUACUCGUCCGAAGCCAAAUCUCUGCUCAAGUCCAUGCUCUGCGAGGACGCUGCGACUAGACCGACAAUCUUUGAUAUUGCAGAACACCCUUGGUUCGACCACCAUCACCGUCAACCGUCGGCAAAGCACCGAGAGCGCCUUCACAAGGCAGCGUCCAAGUGCGAGAUCACGUCCAGAAGCAGCGCUGCCCACUCCCCCACUCGACCGACGUCCGCAGAACAUGCCCCCGUCACGCUUCCGUCAAUAAAGGUCCCCGAGAAACCUUCGUCGCCGCAGCACCACAUGCAGCCUCGGUAGUGCACCGUGUAAAAUAACUUCACAUGUUUCAAUUGUCC